GUCCUACAAUAUAAACCAACAUAGUUCUCAUUUAGCUUGCACUGGAUAAGUAGCCAGUAAUAACUGCAGCCACAAUGACAAGACUUACUCUACUAACAGGCUUCUGCCUGUUAUUUAUUCAUCUUGGUUCAGCCUAUCAGCUUAUAUGCUACUUCACCAACUGGUCCCAGUACAGACCUGAUCCAGUGAAGUUUGUGCCUUCCAAUAUUGAUCCCUUCCUGUGCACACAUCUGAUCUACGCAUUCUCAGUCAUUAACUCUGCAAAUCAGCUCACAACCUACGAGUGGAAUGAUGAGACUCUCUACCAGUCAUUCAAUAGUCUAAAGCAAAGUAAUCCAAGCUUGAAAACACUUUUGGCUGUUGGAGGAUGGAACUUUGGUUCAACUCAAUUCUCUAUCAUGGUUUCCACACCAGCAAACAGAAAUACAUUCAUCCAGUCCUCCAUCAACUUUCUCAGAAAGUAUGGAUUUGAUGGGCUGGAUCUAGACUGGGAGUAUCCUGGAGCCCGUGGCAGUCCUCCAGAGGACAAGCAAAGGUUCACGCUGCUCUGUCAGGAACUUCAACAGGCCUACGAGGCUGAAAGCAAUGCUACAGGACAUCCCCGUCUUAUGCUCACUGCUGCAGUGGCUGCUGGGAAAUUAACUAUAGAUGCUGGAUAUGAAAUUGCUGAGAUUGCCAAGUACCUGGACUUCAUUAGCGUGAUGACCUAUGACUUUCAUGGGACUUGGGAGAGUGUCACUGGCCACAACAGUCCUCUGUAUCAGUGGUCUCAGGAAACAGGAGAUCAAAUCUACCUUAAUACUAAUUUUUCAAUGACAUACUGGAAGAAUCAGGGUGCUCCAGUGGAGAAACUGAGGAUGGGGUUUGCUACAUAUGGCAGAACGUUUCAGCUGUCAUCUGCAGCGAGUGGCCUGGGAGCGCCAACAAGUGGCCCUGCUUCUGCUGGCACCUACACCAGGGAGGCAGGCUUCUGGUCUUAUUAUGAGGUCUGCAGCUUCCUUCAAGGAACCAGCACACAGUGGAUCCAGGAUCAAAAAGUACCCUAUGCCACAAAAGGGGGUCAGUGGGUUGGCUUUGACAACAAGGAGAGCUUUAACACAAAGGUGACCUACCUCAAAGAUAAUAACUUUGGAGGGGCCUUUGUGUGGGCUCUUGAUUUGGAUGAUUUUACUGGACAGUUCUGCACAUUGGGAAAAUAUCCUUUAAUCAGUGAGCUCAAGAAACUGCUAAGCAAUGGUAUGUCAGUAAAUUGCAAUAAGUUAGUUACUGACCAUAUGAAUUUCCCUGAAUUUAAUUCCUCAUCUGCUCCUCCAGCUGAAACUCCUGCGUCUGAAUCUCCUGCAGCUGAAACUCAUGCAGCUGAAACUCCUCCUGCUGUUCCACAUCAGUAUUGUACAGCAAAGAAAGAUGGUAUUUACCCAAAUCCCUUUGACAACAAAAAAUUCAUCAUGUGUGCUGCUGGAAGACAAUUUGUACAAAUUUGCCCUGCUGGCACUGUCUUCAGUGAGAGCUGCCAAUGCUGCAACUGGCCAUAAAACUGCCAGGUUAUUAAUGAACACCUGAUUUAAAUGACAGAAUCAAAAUCAGCACAGACAUGGUUGAAAAUGGCUACACAGCAGGCUUGUUAUUAUUGCAAUCACUGUAUUUCUCUCUCUGUAAAAAAAUAUAUAUUAUUUGUUCCCAUUUUUAACCAUUAAUCUUUUUUUUAAAUUGUGAGUAGUAUUUUAUUUUUCUGUAGCAUUGGCUUAAAAAAAAGUUAUAUAGACAGUCAUACAAAUUAUGAUGCUCUUUGUUUUUAUUCCAGAAUAUGCAAAGUAGUAAAUAAAAUAAAACACAUUUUUUUUCCUAUCGACAAACCCAGAAGCUUAGACAAUUCAAUCAUGUAAUCCUUUACAAUCUCAGAGUUCUCAAAUGUUCUACCAGUUACAGAGCACAGCAACUUAUUUUGGAGAAUGAUCACAUACUACUGAAUUUGUAGCUGAAUUGGUUCAGUGUACAGUAUAAGUGCAUUGAGUAGUCAUUAGUUUUUCUGGGGGGAGAAAAAAUCACAGUAACUGUGACUGUUCAAAUCUCCAGUUUACUGGAGUGUAAGUUUCACUUACACUAAUAAUGUACAUGUGUAUAAAACUAAAAUGAGGAUGUUUAUUAAAAAGAAAUCAACAUAUUUAUCAGCACACAAAUAAAUCACAUCAGUGCAUCAAAAAA